AUAUAUAUAUCUCCUCUCAUAUUUCUCUUUCUUUCACCAUCUUUAAACGCCUAGUUCUCUCCCUCUCUCUCUCUCUUUUCAUAUAAGACAUUCAUAAAAUCACAAUAAAUAUAACAAACCAAGAAGGGUAAAAUGAGCAUUCAAUUCAAUAUGAGUAAUGCUCAAGAGUUGGGUCGAGAGGGGUUUAUUUGGGGCAUAUCUAGUUCUGAUGAUUCCGGAAGCGGAUGCAGAAGAAUGGAGAAGCAACCGUCUCCGCUGCAACCUUCUCAUCCAUUGGAAAUUCCGAUUUCGAUGGAUAAGAAUGUUGCAAAAGGAAAAAAAAGAACGAAGAGAAAUGAGAAAAAUCAUGGAGAAGAAUCACCUGAUCAUGAAAUACAUAUAUGGACGGAGAGAGAAAGGAGAAAGAAGAUGCGGGACAUGUUUUCUAAACUCCAUGCUUUGCUUCCCCAACUUCCUCCUAAGGCAGACAAAUCAACAAUCGUAGACGAAGCAGUGAGCUCAAUCAGAUCCCUUGAACAAACUAUACAAAAUCUCCAUAUGAAAAAGCUUGAGAGACUUCAAUAUUCUUCUGCUUCAAACACAACUCCAACUACUGCUACUUUCAUUCCAUCUUCAUCUUCUUCUCCCACAACUCUUCCCACACCAAUCUCAAACCAUUCCCAGAUCCUUACCCUAGGCACCGCUGCAUCAGAUUCUUACUCUCGUGAAGCUUUCUUGGCUGAUCAGAUAUCCUCUUCCAGCACGAAGCUGCCUUACCCUUGUGAUGACCCGACCGCUGCGUUCGAUAUUUGGUCCUCACGUAACGUCGUGCUGAAUAUCUGUGGGAAUGAAGCUUUCUUCAAUCUGUGUUGCUCUAAAGACAAACCAGGGGUUUUCACUAACGUUUGUUACGUAUUUGAGAAGUACAGCAUUGAAGUUUUGUUUGCUAAUGCCUCCUCUAAUGUUUUCCGGAGCACUUACAUGAUCCAAGCACAGGUAAAUCCGAGUUACAGGAAUCAGUUAUUGGGAGAUGGAAUCGGAGUUGGGGAAAUUUUCAAGCAGGCUGCUCAAGAACUGGUCGUAUAUUUUUCAUCUCCUUGAAUCAUAAAUGGCUGCUUCGGUUUUAAUUUUAUUGUCAGUUUUAAGUACUUUCAGAGUUUGUUUUUUCGCAAAGUCCCAUCUUUUUCGAUGUGACUGCAGAGAUUGGUUUGGACUUUGCACUUUAAAACCCAUUAUCUAUAAAAUCAAACAAUUAAAAGAAUAAGUGAAGAAAUAGCUUCUUCGAACAUUGUUGUCUAGUGACUUUUUUUUUUUUUAUAUUCCAGAAAUUAUGUUUUCUUUUCUUAAUCAAUGAAUUGGCAAAUAUUGUCCAGUA